AUGGAGAACAUUUGGAUCUAUGAACUCGAGGUUUGUCCCCAUUUAGGGUUAUUCGCACUUCCCUUCCAUUCCCUUCCCUUUCUUCCAAAAAUCUAUAGCUUUUUUUAUCCACUUUUACCACAACAGGUGAAAGUAUAUACAUUUUUAUCACAAUUAGAAAGCUUUGCAACCUUACUCUGUGUCUACAAAUGUGAAGCCCAACGAUCCCGAAGUCGAAGUAGAAGUCGAGGAAAUCGUAACAGAAGUGAUCAACAAUUAUGUCAUCUCAAAGACAUUGAUUCAUGUCUUGAAAAGAUUCAAGUGAUCACUAAAGGACCCAAUCCUACAAUCAUUAUCACUACAACCGAAGGUCUCGACAAGAUUUGUGGAACAGUUGAUGAAGUAAUCAAAUGUAUCAAAAGUUUUAUCAAAAGAUGUGGUACACCAUUACAAAGGGAAGUCUUUGAUUUUGUUGGUCAACACUUCUCGCAGACAAUUAAACAGUAUUGCAAUUCCGGACCAAUUCGAGAGAAUUUUUUGAAGCAUUCGGUUUGUAUUCACAACAAAGUGUUGGCCACAUCUGAGCACAAAUCCAACUGCAAUAACAACUAUUUGUCUGCACUGGACUUUGCAACAAAUAGGACAGAAAUCGAUGAAAAAAUCGAUACCUUAUGUUGUGGUCAUAACUCGUGGGAAGACUGUACCGAUAAUAUGAUUGGUCAGUCGUGUGGGGCCGACAGUGAAAAAAAUUUCAAGAUGUUUAUUGACAAAGCGUUUGGUGGCAUCACUACAAUGAUAUGUCCGCGAAAUUUCUUUCCACCGACGGGUGUCAUCUGCAAGAAAUCACUUCCUCCUCGGGGGACACGAGCUAAGGGAAAGGCCGAUGACAACGCUAUCACUAAAUAUAUCGCCAGUUAUUUUUCAUUCCUAUUUUCGGCUCAAUAA